GAAACAGCGGCGCCAAUGGCGGUGCCGGAAGCGGCUCUGGGGGCGGGGCCAGCUCUGGGAGCGGGCCCGCGGCGGAGCGGAGCCGUGGCUCUAGUGCUGGCUCUGGGGCUGCUCUCGGGGCUCCUGGGGGACCGGGGGGGCGCGACGAGAGUUCUUCACUCCCUGAGUUGCCUGUCUGUGGCAGUGUCAGAGCCCAGCCCGGGCGUCCCCCAGUUCCUGUCCACGGGGUACCUGGAUGGGAUCCCCUUUGUGCGCUAUGACAGCGAGCGGGGCCGGGCAGAGCCGCUGACACAGUGGAUAAAGGAUGGGGCUGAGCCGGGAUAUUGGGAUAGGAAGACCCAGACCUGUGAGAGGCACCAGCACGUGGCUGCCAGGAACCUGGAUAUAUUGCGGGACCGAUACAACCAGAGCGGGGGUCUCCACACAUGGUUGCGGCUUUACAGCUGUGACCUCCUUUCCGAUGGGAGUGUCCGUGGAUCCUACCGGAAUGGCUAUGACGGGCGGGAUUUCAUCUCCUUUGACCUGGGAUCCGAGAGAUUCGUGGCGGCCGACAGCGCUGCUGAGGUCACCAGGAGGCGCUGGGAACAUGAAACGAACGAGGUUGAGAGGUGGACAAAUUAUCUGGAGCACGACUGCCUGGAUCGGCUUCAGAAAUACAUUGGAUAUGGGCAGAAGGAGCUGGACCGCAAAGAGCCCCCUGCUGUCCACGUGUCUGGAAAAGAGGAACACGGGACGCUGAUCUUGUCCUGCCGCGCGUACGGAUUCUACCCCAGAAAAGAGGAACACGGGAUGCUGAUCUUGUCCUGCCACGCGUACGGAUUCUACCCCAACGCCAUCGCGGUCAACUGGAUGAAGGGGGAUGAAAUCCGGGAUCAGGAGACGGAGUGGGGCGGGGUCGUUCCCAACAGCGACGGCACCUUCCACACCUGGGCCAGGAUCGAGGCGCGGCCGGAGGAGCGGGAGCAGUACCGGUGCAAGGUGGAGCAUCCCGGAAUGCCGGAGCCCGGGAUCUUCGCUUGGGAGCCGACAUCUGGCAGGAAUCUCACCGUGCUGGUCGCUGUGUCCAUCAUCGCUGCCAUCAUCAUUCUCACUGUCCUCAUCGGAUUCGUUGUCUGGAAGCGCCAAUCCGGGAGGAGGGACAGGAAUGAAAACAGCAUGGCAGCCAGAAAUGACGUGCGAGCAACAGCUUAACCAUAGGAAUCACUGCCUGAGUGAUGCACGGAGCUGGAUCCAGCCGUUUCUCUCUUCCCAGGAAACCAAGAGCUGUCAGCAGACCUCAUCCUCUUGCUCCUAUGCACUAAAAGCUCAUGCUAACGGGUCAAAUUCCCACUUCCCAGUGUUUUAAAGCCAAGAACUGCAGCUAGAGAGCGGGACUGGAAGCACUGCUGAGCUUGUUGCAACUGACAUAGAUGUGUUAACCAUUCUUGGAUCAAAUGAGACCAUGAUGUGGGCAAAUGGUAUCUUAGAGGUGUUGCAGUGUAUAUUGCAGCUUUACUAAGAGAUGCAUCUUGAAACUGAGAGGAAAGUUGCGUUUGUCUUUACAAACAAGCUGUAGAUCUGCUGGUAAAUAAGGGCAGUGGGCAGUGGGUGGAGCUGAAGGCACGCCUCACCCAGUUUGGUGCCGGCUGGCACCGGGCGAUCGACUGGGUUCCCGAGACUGUCCAGGAGACAGAUGAGUGGAGGACCAGGAGGGUCCGUGAAGAGUCCGCAGGGAAGGACUACUGAAAAUCUCACUGGUGAGCAAAAUGGGAUCUUUGGGGAGCAAACCUGGGAGGGCGCCCACGGAGGGUCGCACAGGUGAAACAGGGAACCCACGGAGGGUUGGAAGGGUGAAGCCGGGAAAGGGCCUCCGGAGAGUCCCUUGGGGAGAAUGCUGAGGUCUUGGGACAGAUUGUAUAUUCACCCAGAGAUAACUAUGGAAAUGAUGGUAAAAUACUGUUAUUUUGUGUGGCCAGAGUGUAAGUUGGCAAAGAGGCUGAUGUAGAUACCCUGGGGGGGGGCAAUCAGGGGAGUCGGGAAGGGGUCUCAACAAUCCCCCCCGGGGGGGCAAAAAGGGGAGUUGAGAAGGGCUCUUGAGGGCUGGCAGAAGCCUUCCUCAAAAUGUAUGCUGCUGUGGGUCUUUUUAGCCUGGCAAAAUGAGCCGUUGAGGGUUGUUUGAUUUGUGCUAAAACCAAUAACAAAGUUACAAAGAAACUUGCCAGGGGAGGGAGGCCUUGGGAUGUACGGCCUUCCCAGAGAUGUCAGGUGGAUGUUAUUGAAAUGCCCCGAGUGGCAAGAUUUAAAUAUCUUCUGGUAAUAAUAUGUCAACUAACAGCGUGGCCAGAAGCAUUCCCUACUGUUUCAGCAACUACGGGAUCAGUUGCUAAAGUAUUUUUGGAACAAAUAAUUCCAAGAUAUGGGAUUGUGGAAGCAAUAGACUCAGAUAGGGGAACUCAUUUUACAGGAAAAAUUCUUCAAGGAGUUAUGACUGCUUUAGGGAUACAAUGGAACCUGCAUACCCCCUGGCACCCCCAAAGUUCGGGUCGGGUUGAAAGAAUGAAUGGAGAAAUAAAGAAACACCUCCUGAGGCUGGUGAUAGAAACUAAGAUGCUGUGGGCACAGCUCAUGCCCCUGGCUUUAGCAAGAAUAAGGGCCAGACCCAGGGGAGAUAUUUAAUUAUCUCCCUUUGAAUUGAUGUUUGGAAUUCCUUACCCUUGUAACUCUCAGCCUAGUGGGGGGAUGGAGAUAAGUGAUGCGUAUUUGAA